ACUCACUCAGCUCAGCUCAGCUCAGUUCGGUGAUCUCAAUGGGAAGGUCUCCCUGCUGCGACCAGCCCCACACCAACAAAGGAGCUUGGACGAGGGAGGAAGACGACAGGCUCGUCGCUUACAUCCAGGCCCACGGCGAAGGAUGCUGGAGAUCGCUCCCUAAGGCCGCAGGCCUUCUGCGAUGCGGCAAGAGCUGCCGCCUCCGGUGGAUGAACUACCUCCGGCCAGACCUUAAGAGAGGAAACUUCACCGAGGAAGAGGACGAGCUCAUCGUCAAGCUCCACGCUUUGCUCGGAAACAAAUGGUCGGUGAUCGCGGCUAGACUGCCAGGACGGACGGACAACGAGAUCAAGAACUAUUGGAACACGCAUAUCAAGCGGAAGCUCGUCGGCCAGGGACUCGAUCCGCAGACGCACCGCCCGCUCGUGACGAGGAAGGACGAGAUCAGCAGCACAGACGAGGGCGGCGACCUCGACCUCGACCUCACCAUCAGCCUUCGCCUCCCGGCCGCUUCCGGCAACGGUGGUGCCAAUUGGCGAGCGACUUGGCCGGAGGUGGCGACGCCGCCGCCGCCUCCCGGCCCGCUGUGCGCUCCGACCAUUUGCUUCUGCUACCAUCUUGGCUUCCGCAGCGACCAAGCCUGCAGCUGCCAGCCGGCGAGCUCGAGCGGCCACUUUCAUGGAUACUAUACGGGUUCACUGUAUAAAAUUUAGUAUGCUGCCAUUGUCGACAGACGAUUGGUGCUUAAUCUUACUACUCCGGGGCCGUGGUUUGGUAGGCGAUUCUGGCAUGGAUGUAGACAUGUCGUCGUCUUCAUUUAGAUUGAUGUGCAAUCUGUUUUAUUUUGUUUUGUUUUAUUUUUUUUUUUCCUCCUUGGAAAAGAAAUAUUUUCCUGAGAGCAAAAUUUGUUG